CCUCACCGGUCCCAGAUGUCCAGUUACAGGUGCCGACCCCAGUGGGGAAACUAUCUCUGGAGAAGCCCUCACUCCGCAGGCUGCCCAGGCAAGAUGUGGUGGCUGCUCCUCUGGGGAAUUCUCCAAGCUCGCCCCACACAGGGCUCCGUCCUCUUGGCCCAGCGACUACCCCAGCAGCUGACAUCCCCCAGAUACCCAGAACCAUAUCUCAAAGGCCAAGAGAGCACCGUGGAUAUUGAGGCCCCGGAGGGCUUUGCUGUGAGACUCGUGUUCCAGGACUUCGACCUAGAGCCGUCCCAGGACUGUGAACGGGACUCUGUCACAAUCUCAGCCAGUGGGAUGAAUCUAAGCCAGUUCUGUGGUCAGCAGGACUCACCUCUGGGCAGCCCUCCUGGUCAGAGGGAGUUUGUGUCCUCAGGGAGGAGUUUGCAACUGACCUUCCGAACACACGCUGUCUCAGAGGACAAGCCCAUCCACCACCACAAGGGCUUCCUGGCCCUCUACCAAGCUGUCGCUGUGAACUGUAGUCAGCCUACCAGCUGGGCCAGCGUGGCGUCUGAGGCCAUCAACACACCUGGGGACAACUCCACCAAGAUCCAGAGUCACUGCCAGGAGCCCUAUUAUCAGGUGGUGGAAGCAGGGACACUCUCCUGCACAACCCCGAGGACCUGGAAGGACAAACAGGGUAGUCAGGAGGUUCUUCAAUGUGUGCCCGUCUGUGGACGGCCAGUCAUCCCCAUUGCCCAGAAUCAGACGACCCUUGGUUCUUCCAAAGCUAAGUUGGGAAACUUCCCCUGGCAAGCCUUUACCAGCAUCUACGGCCGCGGGGGUGGGGCCCUGCUGGGGGAUAGAUGGAUCCUAACCGCUGCCCACACGAUCUAUCCCAAGGACAGUGUCUCUCUCAGGAGGAACCUGAGUGUGGACGUGUUCCUGGGCCACACAGACAUAGACGAGAUGCUGAAACUGGGAAACUACCCUGUCCGCCGUGUUGUCAUGCACCCAGACUACCGUCAGAAUGAGUCCCACAAUUUCAAUGGGGACAUUGCCCUCCUGGAGCUCCAGCACAGUGUGCCCCUGGGCCCAAGCAUCCUUCCCGUCUGUCUGCCCGACAACGAGACCUUCUACCGCAGCGGCUUGCUGGGCUAUGUCAGUGGGUUUGGUGUAGAGAUGGGCUGGUUAACUACUGAGCUGAAGUACUCAAGGCAGCCCAUAGCUCCGAGGGAGGCCUGUGAGGCCUGGCUCCGAGAGAGGCAGAGGCCUGAGGUGUUUUCUGAUAACAUGUUCUGUGUUGGGGAUAAGACACAGAAACACAAUGCCUGCCAGGGGGACAGUGGUAGUGUCUAUGUGGUAUGGGACGAUCAUGCCCAUCACUGGGUGGCCACAGGCAUCGUGUCCUGGGGCAUUGGGUGUGGCACAGGGUAUGGUUUCUACACCAAAGUGCUCAACUAUGUGGACUGGAUCAAGGGAGUGAUGGACAGCAAGGACCAACCCUAGGACACUGAGCGGUGACCAGUCAGCACUGUGGAGACCCCGGUCAAGAGAGGGUUCAGAGUCAGGACUAACCCCUGGGGGCUGGAGAUCAGGGGACCCCUACUGAAGUCAGCAAGCCACUGUGCGAGAAAAGUCCUCCUCCCUCAAGCCUACACCAGCCCAGAGAGAAAGCAGAGUCCCAUAGCCCCUUCUCCCCUCUCUACCUCCCUGCACAUUUAUCCUAUGCCUAGGCAACUUUCACCAUGAAAAUCCUUCAAAUUCCCCUCCCUGACGUUAUUUCUUAGCACAGCAUCUUCCAUACUCAGGUGUGGAAGAGUCACUUUCUUACCCCCUGGAGAGAGGAGUCCCUUCUCCCCUGGAGAGAG